CAGUUGAAAAAUCACCAAACUCCAUUAUGUUCUUUUUAAUUUUGAAGAAUUUUUAAUAGUUAAUAUUGAUAAUACAAUGCUAAAUAGAAUUAAAACAUUACAAUAGUACCACGUUUUUUAUGAACGUAAGCAAAUUUAUUCGAUUGUGUCAGCAUAUCAGCAAAUAGAUAAAGAAAACCACCUAUUUCAACAAUAAACUAAUACAUUGAAAAGUAAAAUGGUGGAUACAGACAGUGAAUGUGUCAAAUGUUUGCAUUAAAUGAGUUUUAAUAAAAUCUGAGGGGGGCCGUUUAUUUAUUUUUUUAUUCAUAACUUAAAAUUCUGUUUCCUGUUAAGAUAUCUAUUUAUUGGGCAUAAUGUAUAAGACUUGUUUGCUUUUUGUGACGUUCUUAUAUAUUGCUACAUCUUUGACAGAUGCACAAUCAUACGAAGAUAAAAGGUGUAGAUGUGUUUGUCCAAGUACAAAAUCAGUCUUGAACAAUACACAAGGUACAGAUCGAAAAUUAUACAUUAGCAAUGUUCCUCCAAAUAUGUGCAAUUGUGAUGGCGUAAUAUUACCUAGAAUUGGAGAUGAAAUUAAAGGAAAAGAACAAGAGUUUUGUCCAAGAUGUGAAUGUAAAUAUGAGACUAGAAAUACAACAGUUAUUCGGUUUGUGGUGAUUAUGGUGAUUUGGAUAAUAUCGUUGCUAGUAGUAUACAUGCUGUUCUUAAUUUGCCUCGACCCAUUAUUAAAUAAACGAGCAAAAGCUAAUUAUCAAGAGCACACAAACGAAGAAGAUGAGACUGCAACCACAAAUAAUUUGAAUUCUCAUCAAAUGGGUGUGCGAGGAAAUGUUUUAAAUCGUGUAACACAUCAACAAGAUAAAUGGAAAAGACAAGUUAGAGAGCAAAGGAGAAAUAUUUAUGAUAGGCAUACUAUGUUAAAUUAGCUAUUUAAAUUAUUUAUGAUAGUCAUAAUAUUGAGUUACAUGAAUUUUA